AAUAAAAACAAGUGCUUUGACUUUUACCAUGUUUUCCAAUAACAACAACAAUAAACAGAGCUGAAGAUAAUUGCUUUGAGAAAACCUUAAAAAAAAUAUUUGAUGCAAACAUGCAUGAGGCAAAUAAACCCACAAAUUGUUUAAUAUGGCAGGUGUCACGCCGCGACAGACUGACAUGGUUUCCUGACGGCUGCCAUUGUCGACCCUGACGCCUGCGAAGGUCAUGUUCUGACAGCCCACCUCUGUACAACGACAAAUUGUCUUUAAGGAAUUUGAGCAAUAAAAAGAAGAGAAACAUGGCGAGGUCAUAUAAAAAGGGUUGAAAGGAAAAUUACAGACUUACUGCCAAAGCCAGAAAAUAAAUUUUAAGGAAGAUGAAGAAAUAACUAAGUAUGGAAGAUAUCAAGAUAGUCAAGAUAGAACCUCAAACUAAUUUGUUGGAACAUUCAUUUCAAAAUGUAAAGAAGUUUGCUGAAAUUUUAUACAAAUGUAAGCUUUGUACAUCUUUACCAUCAAUUCUAACAUCUGAAGAAAGUUUUCUGACCCAUGUUAACAAUACCCACUACCAAGAGAGUGAUGCCCUCAAGAAGUGUCGAAAUUGUAGACUGAAAUUCCGCACAAAGGAAGAUUUAUGGGCUCAUCAGAAGUUAAUGCACUCUGAUUUUGGGAGUGAAGAUGAUAGUUCUGAUGAUGAGAAUGAUAAAUUUGAAAUUGCCUGGCAAAUAACUACAGACCAUGCAGAUUUAAACAGUGUUGAUCAGCUGAAGCGAAAGAAAGGAAAAAAGGAAAAACACAGCAGAAAACAAAAGAAAUUGAAAAAUGUGGCAGAAGAGGAUUUGGAACAAGACCCUCAUGUAGUUAUAACUCAUGGUAUUGAACAUAGCAUAUCUCCAGCACCACAGAAUGAUUCAGCAAAUCUUAAGAAACUGACCAAUCAGAUCACUUCAGACGCUAGUCCUACAAGAAGUAUGGGGAACAAUGGAAAUGUUUAUAGUUCUACUCCAGAAUUUGGCAAAUAUACAAAAUUGAUACGUGAAGGUGGAAAUAUAGUUUAUUUUUGUCAAGUUUGUAAUUGGAAAUCCCAAAUGAAAGUUAUGUUUACAGAACAUUGUAAAAGUACUUCACAUUUAGUUAAAGUGACUGUAGCAGAACAAAAUGAUAGCCAUGAGAAAAAUACCAGUGAAAACUCUUCACAAAACAAAUAUGAAAAAAGAGGACAUUUUAUGUCAUUUUUGGAUGAAAAAAUUAACUACUACAUCAACAAAAGACUAUCUAGUGAGUCAAUUAAUCCUGAAAUAGAGGAAAAAGAUAGCCAAAUAGAAACAAGAAAAGAAUCUGUUCCCAUUACAAAUGAUGACCAUGUAAUUAGUGUGGAAAUUAAACAAGAACCUGAGGAUGUUCCAGUCAAUGUUUCAACCGUUAAGGAUCAUAUCGAAACAAAAAAUAAUCUUCACACCAAUAGAAGAAAGAGAAAAGUAAUCAGUAGAUUAGUGAAAAACAGUGAAAUAGAGAAUGGCAACUGGUCAGAUGAUGAUUCAGACAGUAUACCACAACCAACGUCAAACAAAAUAUCUCGACAGUAUAUAGACAGCUGUAGUGAUUCUCAAUUCAAAAUACAAAAAUCCACUGCUCAGUUCUCUCCUUUGAAUCUCAAGACCAUGGAGGAUGAAUCUCAAAGUAGUAAAACGGACGAACAAAGUAGUGUCAGUGAAGAGAAGGAAACAUUAGGAAGAGAGCAGUCCGUGGGGAAUGUUAAACGUGAUAUGUUGGUGAAAGAUGUUAUAUCUAAAGCUGUAGAUAGUGAACUAUAUCGUAGCAGCAUGUAUAUGUACCGAUGUUCAUUGUGUCCAUUUGUAUGUAAUGAUAUCACAGAAUAUAGGGUCCAUUUUGAGACAGAACAUGAGCCAGAACAACAAACAGAUGUUGUGACGGAGUCUGGAUACACUGACUGUAAAACAGAGCAGUGGAAAGUACUGAGGAUUAAAGAACUACUUCCUGACAUAAUAAUAGCUCAUCCUAGAGGAAAUGUUUCACGUGACCUUUUACUACAGAAAGCCAGUAUGAUGGCAAGUGAACCAGAGAUAGCUUUGUGGGGACCAGCAUGUAACAAGGCUUUACGAGAAUUGUUUCCUGAUAGUUUGGCACAGCGCAAAGGAAAAUACAAAAAAACAUAUUUCUUUGGUGUAGCCUUGAUAGAUCAAGUACAACAGGAGGACACAGCAUCUGUAGAUGGAAACGAUGUAGAUUUCUCUCCUCUCAGAGACAUGACACAGGACAUGGAUAAAAUACUACAACAUCUACAUACCAUAGUACGAUGGAGGGGUGAUUUAGAAGCUGGCGUUUCUCGAGAUGAUGUAUUACAUAUACUCGGACGUAAGAUUGAUGACCCUGAAGUCCAGCACUGGGGUGUACAAUGUAACAGAGCAAUCAGAAUUCUUUUCCCACACGUACAGAUGAAACGCAAAGGAAAAUACAAAACUACAGUAUAUUUUGGAGUAACAUUUUCUGAUCAGGUGACAAAAGAGGACUUUGCAUCCUUGACAGCACCAAAAUCAAGAACACAGAAACCUGCAGUUAAAGAUGAUGGGAUAAAACCAAAAUUAACAUGGAGAGAUGCCAUUAGAACUAUAGGAGGUAAAGCUUUUACAGCUCAAGACAAGAAAUCCAUUAUUACCAAAGGCUGGGGUCCAUUGAUGAGCCUAGGGGGUCCUUCAAACUCUGACAUGAAAGAGACAAGCUCAUCUCCUAGCAUGUUCAUGCAAGAUCAAGGACUUGCUCCGCCAAAUGUCACAUCUGAAAUGAUAAAUUCAGCACAGCCAUUUAAAGAAUCUCCAGACCUGCCACCAACAAGUAGUGAUUCUCCACAAAAUAUGUCAUUACUCAGGUAUCAUCUAACAUCUGAUGAGUUCAACAUGUACUACAAAUUUGGUGCAGAGUUGGCAAAAACCAUAUGGCAUAGUAAAGAACAGUUAAUAAAGGCCAAGGACGAUCGUGAAAAAUCCGCAGCAAGUGGGGACAAUGUCAACAGUCAAAUCUCAAAUAGUGGAGAUGAAAAGAGCAAUGAUGCUGAUGAUGAAAGUAGCCAGAGUACUUUGGGUGAUGGUAAAUCCUCGUCAUUCUUCAAAGAGAAAUCAGAUAAUCCAAAUGUUAUAAAGACUGAUGAUGGUGUUAUGUAUAUAAAACAAGAAGUUGAUUCUGAUCAAGACAGUUAAUACUGGGAUUAAUGUGUUAGGCAGUCAAUAUGUAUUGGUAGAAGAGGACUAUUAAAGUCCUAAUUACAGUAGAUAAUUGUACUAGGGAAUCCCCAAAAAAAUUUAUUUCAGUACUUUUGCAUUUGCAGUUAUUCUAUUUCCAUGUAUGCUCUUUUAUUUCAGGAUUUUUGGUAAAACGUCAUAAAGGCGUAUGAAUGAUUUCACACCAAUUUGUAUCAGAUUACCAAAAAUUUGAUGGCAUUUAGACAACAACGAAAAUUUGUACAAUUUCUUUGUGAACUUAAUAUUUUAUGUUCUCAUAAUAGUUUAUUCUUUUACUUUAGGGGUCCCGACAAUUUUUGGAUUUUACUUUAGGGGUCCCAACAUAUUUGGAUUUUACUUUUGGGUUCCCAGUCCAUAAAAGUACAAAUGAGAAGUAAUGGCUUGCUGAAGCACUUACAUAUAGUAAAAUGAGUUAACUGCACUUUUCUUCAUCAUUUGUGAUGAUAAAUUUGUGACCCCUAAAGUAAAAGAGUGCUAUAAUGCCUUCUUUUAUUUGAGGGGUCCCACAACCUAUAUAUAGGUCAUUUUUAUGGGACCCUAAAGAAAAAGAGUACUAUAAUGCCUUAUUUUACUUUAGGGAUCCCACAACCUAUAUACAAGAUAAUACUAUAUAAACAAUCAAUACAACAGUAUAAAUUUUAAAUACACUAUAUAUUGUGGGACCCUCCCAUUUUUUAAUAAUAAUGUUGGGACCCGUAAAGUAAAAGAAGGCCAAAAAUCUGAUGUUGAAAGCAAAAUUAAAAGUCUUAAUUGUUAA